CUGCGAAGGCCUUUCUACUCAUGCACACACACACACCCACACACACAGACAUACACACUGUAGCGUCUGCUGGACUUCAUUUCAGAGCUCUGAUACGAGGCUGACCAAUGGAUUUUAAAGCUGAUUUGAUGCAGAAGGCUUUAAGGUGAACAUGAAGGUCCCGAAAAACACUCCUCUGGUAGUUUUUCUGACAUUUUUCAGCCUGACUGAAGGGCUCCAGAGAGCACCCAGAAUCACAACAUUGCUUGAGACGGUGGACGCCUCUCUGGAUCAUAAUGCUACUUUCAUCUGUGAGGUUGAUUCAUACCCUCAAGCUGAUAUAAUAUGGACAAGAAAUAAUUAUCCAAUAAGGUAUUACGAUUCCAGAUACGUUAUUCAAGAAAAUGGUCAAAUGCUGAUCAUUCCCAAUGUAAAGGAUUCAGACAGUGGAGAAUACUGCUGCAUUGCUAACAAUGGGGUUGGAGAAGCCAAGAGCUGUGGAGCUCUACAGCUGAAGAUGAAGCCCCAAAUCAAGAGACAUCCUACUAACAUGACAUUGAUUCUGGAGUCCAAAGCAGUGCUGCCAUGUUUAUCAUUAGGGUAUCCCAAACCUGAAAUAUCCUGGAUUAAAGAAGAUGAUUUGAUCAAGGUUAAUAAUCGUAUAUCGAUUUUGGAAUCUGGUUCCCUAAAAAUUACCAACAUCAAGAAAGAGGAUGCUGGACAAUAUCGAUGUGUGGCCAGAAACAGUUUUGGAAUUGCUUUCUCCAGGCCCGUUACUAUUAAAGUACAAGCUCCUGCCAAGAUACUGAAUGUUCCCAAAGAGAAGCGGGUUCAGAUUGGAUCAGAGGUCACAUUAGAGUGCAACGCAACCGGCAACCCUAUCCCAUCGAUAACAUGGCUUGAAAACGGCAAUACGAUAUCCGGAGCAUCGGUGGUGGAGACACUGGUGGGUGAAGUUAUACUGUCAGUUCUGCAUGUGGUGGUGCAUAAACCAGCGCUCUAUACCUGUCAGGCUACUAACCGGCACAGUGGAGGAGAAAACACUGUCAAAUCUACAGCAAAAAUAACCGUUUCAGAAUGGAGACUGUACAAAGGCCAUGCUGGCUACUGCAGCACAUACAGAGGUGAAGUGUGUCAUAAUGUGCUCCGGCGAGAUGCUCUGGUUUUCUUCAACUACUCUCUGCCGAACCCUGAGGAUGCGCAGGAGUAUCUGGCUCAGAGUGCAUGGCCCGAGCUGGACGGGGUCAGUUCAUUCUGCAGACCCGCUGCCAGAUCCCUGCUCUGUCACAGCACCUUCCAAGACUGCAAUCCUUCAGGACUCGGACCAGCGCCUAAACCUGUCUGCAGAGAGCACUGUCUCACAGUCAAAGAGUUGUACUGUUAUAAAGAGUGGCGUUCAGCUGAAGAAAGAUCUCAGCGUGGCUUUCAACACAGCAUCACUCUCCCAGAAUGCACUUCUCUACCCAGCCAACAAGCAGACCCAUCCUCAUGUACAGCGGUUCCUUAUGUUGAUAUCAAAAAAGACAAAGUGACAUCAACCUGUUACAAUGACAAAGGAAGAUUUUACCAAGGAACUCACAAUGUCACAGCAUCUUCCAUUCCGUGUCAGCGAUGGAACCAGCAGGAUCCCCAUCAACAUAGACUCUCUGUAGAUGUGAUUCCUGAGUUGCGAAAUGCAGAAAACUACUGUCGUAACCCAGGCGGCGAGAGUGACAGACCCUGGUGCUACACUACAAACCCUAAUGUACGCUGGGAAUAUUGUCUUGUGCCCAAAUGUGGAGAAGUCAUCAGUAUCAGGACUGCACCCUCAAUUACAAAACCUGCCCACUUCUACCCUCCUCCUUCUGUGUCUACGGCCUACUCAAUGAGUGUUAUCAUCUUUGUUAUUGCUGGUUUUGCUGGGGCAGCCUUCUUCACCAUACUCAUCCUUAUGUGUCACAGACGAAAGAAAAUGUGGAAAAAGAGAAAAAGUAGGGUCCUGGAGACACCCACAUUGACUACCCUCCCCUCAGAGCUCUUGUUGGACAGACUUCAUCCCAACCCCAUGUACCAGCGACUGCCUCUCCUGCUCAACUCCAAGCUCCUCAGUCUCGAAUAUCCACGCAACAACAUUGAAUAUGUCCGUGAUAUUGGAGAGGGGGCCUUCGGGAGGGUGUUUCAGGCAAGAGCCCCAGGUCUUUUGCCAACAGAGCCUUUUACCAUGGUGGCAGUAAAGAUGUUGAAGGAGGAAGCUUCAACUGAUAUGCAGAAUGAUUUUCAACGAGAAGCUGCACUCAUGUCUGAGUUUGAUCACCCCAACAUUGUCCGUCUUCUGGGUGUCUGUGCAGUGGGGAAGCCCAUGUGUCUCAUGUUUGAAUACAUGGCCUAUGGAGACCUGAACGAAUUCUUGCGACGGCGCUGUGCAACCCAGCAGCCCAGUCUAAGUCGAGAUACCUUGACUUCCAGCAGUCUCGUGUCAGAACCUGAGCGUUACCCACCCCUCAGCUGCCAAGAGCAGCUCUCCAUUUCCAAACAGGUGGCAGCAGGAAUGGCAUACUUAUCAGAGCGCAAAUUUGUUCACCGUGACCUUGCUACACGAAACUGUUUGGUAGCAGAAAACUUGGUUGUGAAAAUUGCAGAUUUUGGUCUUUCACGCAAUAUCUAUGCAGCCGAUUACUACAAAGCCAGUGAAAAUGAUGCCAUCCCGAUUCGCUGGAUGCCACCUGAAUCUAUCUUUUACAAUCGUUACACCAGCGAGUCAGAUGUUUGGGCUUAUGGUGUGGUAUUAUGGGAAAUCUUCUCAUAUGGCAUGCAGCCUUACUACGGCAUGGCCCAUGAAGAGGUCAUCUACUACGUAAGGGAUGGAAAUGUUCUUGCCUGUCCAGAAAACUGUCCACAGGAGCUGUAUAACCUCAUGCGUUUGUGUUGGAGCGGUCACCCCACUGACCGGCCUAGCUUUGCCAGCAUUCACCGCAUCCUGGAAAGAAUGCAUGACCAGAUGCUCAAAUCUGGGCUUUCUUGAGGAUCUCUAAAAUACAGCACCAAUCAUUAAGGAACUCACUACAAUCCAAAGGAGCCCAAAGGGAUCUUGAAGAAGGAUAAAACACUUUAAUGUAUCCUCAAGAGGACAAGACGGAUGACCCUUUAGGGUCCCACAAAUACCCAAGAACCCAGAGAACAUUGGGGAAUGGGAAAAAAAGCCUAAAAUGAUUGAAAAGGCUCACACACCUUGAUCCCUCAAACUCUUUGAAGCUCAAUAGUUUUUUUAUAGCACAGAUGUAUGGUGGAGCUCAAAUGAGAGAUACAGUACUGAAGGCUUGAGGCAGAAAUCUCUGCAUGCAGAGACAUAUAGUUUAGUAUUUUUUGCUUUUGUCUUCCUUUUGGAUAUAUUUUAAGUAGUGAAAGUACUAUGCAUCUAGAUAUAGUUUAAUAACAUUUUUAAAAAGAUAUCCAUUCAAGAACAUGUUUCAGUGCUUUAACAUAUAGACAUAACAUAUGUUCUUAGCAUUUCAUUUAAAACAUUUAAUUAGAAUAGUGUAUUCCAAAGUGGCACAUCAUCACUUUAUUUUAUGUUUUGUUUUUUUAUUUAAAAUUGAUAUUCCAAGAUAAGAUCUUUGUUCUGUUUUAUUUGUUAGUAGUAAGUGAAACAGUAUAUCAAAAUAUGAAGUAUACUUUAUUUGUAAAAUGAUUACAUGAAUUAAUCUAAAUAAAAAAGACCAUUAUUAUCAAAUAAAUGAAAACAAACACUGACUAUAAUGGUUCAAUCAGUUUUAUUUUGACAAUAUCCUAUAUAAAGGUUUGGAGUAUAAUUUAAAUAGUUUUUUACUAGUUUUCAGGUUCUGUAGCAAAUAUGAACAAUGUCUCUGAGAUAAAUCGAAUGGAAGUAUGAAAUCAUGUACUGACCAAAAGUUCAAUAUAUUAAAAUGGGUCUAUAACCGUACACAUUAUAACAAACUCGAUAACAACAUAAUUUUACUUCAGUUCAGCAUCUUCAAUAUUUCGGCAGAUAUUGUUACAGCAUUUCAGAAACAAAAAUACUUAGGAAACAUGCACAUGCAUAGCAUGACUUUUAUUGUUAUAAUAAUAUAUUAUUUCAUAAUGUAAACAAUCUAUUUUAAUGUUGUGGUUACAUUAGAUGUAUAAAUAGAUGUUGCAUAUGAAGUUUGUUUAAAAUAAAACAAUUUCUCCUGUCUUGAAGACAUUUUCAUGAAUAAAUACACAGAUCUACCAUUUAAAAAGCAACACGGUGCUAUACAGUCACUGUAUAAUCCAGUUAACUGUCAUAAUAUUAAUAAGAUUUAUAAGCAAUUGAUAGUCUACGGCAGUGGUUCCCAAAGUGGGGUUCAGGACCCUUUGGGGCGGGGGGAGGGGUCACGGAACAAUGACGAGGGGUCGCUUGGUAAUUUCCAAAUUUCAAAUAAAUUUUAUUAAAGAGAUAAUUUAACUAUGUGAUUUAUUAAAGAGAAUUUAGAAUUACCAUAUUUUAUUCAUAACCCACUGAAGAUAGUUAAUAGUUACGUUAAAGAAGCAACAAAAACUUACAAAUUAAAACCCAUCAGCCUUUACAUUUUUUUAUUAUUAAUAUUAAAUUAAAUUAAUAAAUGAGUAUAAAAAUAUAUAGUUAUUAGACUGUUGCAGUUUUGUGUUGUUAAUAUGCUCAUGUUUAUAUAUGUCUAUUGUUGUGUGCAACGUUUGUAUAUUUAUAACCACCUUCGAGAGAAAUGGGGGUGGUGAGUCACUGGCAUUGUUUUUUUGGGGGUUGGGGGCUGAAAAGUUUGGGAACCCCUGAUCUACACUGUCAGAAAUUAAGGUACGUCACUGGGGUGGUACCUUUUCAAAAGGUACACAUUUGUACCUAAAAGGUCCAUAUUAAUACCUUAAGGGUACAUAUUAACACCUUAAAAGUACAAAAGUGUUCCUCUUAAAUUUUUUAGAUACUAAUAAAUACUUCCGAGGUACCAAUAUGGACCCUUUAAGUACAAAUGUGUACCUUUUGAAAAGCUACCACCCCAGUGACAGCUCGUGUACCUUUAUUUCUGAGAGUGUAGGGGACUUUUUUGUUUGUUUUAUAUCAUGUAACAGACAGAGGGCAGUGUUACACCACAAGUACUAAAACGACCUUGUGAUAUAUAGCAAUACCUUUUCUCUGCCUUAGAGCCAGUUCUUAGCUCAAAGCAUUCAAAACAGGAACUUACUGAGACAGUAUUAAAUCACGUUGGCAUUUAAUGAAGAACAAAGAUGAAGGAUUUACUUUCAACGUGUGUGGGACUGUUCUUUUUUAUUCCAGCUUUUCAUUUAUCAUCUAGGAAUGUCCGAUCCUAUCUGAUAAUCCUAGAAAUACAUUGUCUUUGCCAUAAGUUUUCACUGUUAUAGAAACCUCAAGGAGCAAAGAAAGGCAAAACCACAGACGUCCAAGUAGCAGGCCAGGAAAAACAAGUGACGAAUGGAUUCACGAGCCAUGGCUCCUGCCAGCACAUUUGGAUGACGGAGAAAAAAAUGCAUUUGGGCCUCAGUGAUUUCUGUUCAAACUGUACACUCUCUCUGAACCUUGUGAUGUAACUCAGUAAAAAAUAAAAAUAAAAUGAAAUAAAA